AUGGAAGAAGUAGCUGAAAUAAAAUCCGAGGAAGAAUUUGUACCUGUCAAGUCAAGGAAACGAAAAUCCGCUGCAAGUCAAGAUGUGGAAAUGGAGACUACCACUACAGUCACCGGUACAAAUUCAAUAGAAGAUGAAUCCAGUGUUCAACCAGCAGCUAAAAAGCCUUUCUAUCCGCCUCUUUCAGCUUCAACUCUACAAACAGAUUCACAAAAGCGGAAAGUUCCUAUUCCUAACCACAGAUACACACCACUGAAAGAAAAUUGGCUGAAAAUCUACACACCAAUCGUUGAACAACUCAAACUACAGAUCCGAUUCAAUAUAAAAACACGAACAGUUGAGUUACGUACAUGUAAAUCCACAGAGGACAUCGGUGCUUUACAAAAAGGAGCAGACUUUGUCAAGGCAUUUGCCCUUGGUUUUGAUGUUGAUGACGCCUUAGCCUUACUCAGGUUAGACGAUCUUUACUUAGAGUCAUUUGAUGUAACUGAUGUGAAACCGCUUAAAGGAGACCACCUCGGACGGGCUGUAGGUCGCUUGGCCGGUAAAAACGGUAAAACAAAAUUUACCAUUGAAAACGUUACCAAAACUAGAAUUGUUCUUGCAGACACUAAAGUACAUUUGCUUGGCUCUUUUCAAAAUAUCAAAAUAGCACGUACCUCUAUAUGCAAUUUGAUCCUCGGCAGUCCACCAUCAAAAGUCUAUGGCAAGUUACGAACUGUUGCGUCUCGAUCAGCUGAAAGUUUUUAA